UCCAAAAAUAACCAGAAUUUCUACUUCCGUUCCAAAAAUAACCAGAAUUUCUACUUCCGUUCCGGCUAAAGGCAUAACUAUUUUCUCCGCACGAAAAAGAAAAAACAGUUACAAGAAAUCGCCUUUUAGGCGAGGAAAUACUUUCUCGUUGAGAGUAAAGAUUUCCUCACUAAAGAAAUGUUUUGUCGCCAAAAGUAAGGAUUAUAGUUUCGUCUCUCACAAGUCUCUGACCUAAUAGCCUUCAUCAUCGUUGUUUUGGAGGACAGAUUAGGGCCCAGGUUUUUGUUAUGGAGUUUUUCAAAAAGCCAAGGUCGUACGUUUCCGGAGCCACCACAACAAGUACCUAUUAGCCGGCGACGACGAAGAGUCCGUUUGGCAAGAGCGUGAGGGACACGUGAGGAACGCAAGAUGGAAGGUGGAGAUCAACGAGAGCGGAACAGCCAUACGUCUGAAGAGCUGUUAUGGAAAGUACUUAACGGCGUCAAACACGCCAGGACGACUGGGAAUGAAGAGCAAGAAAGUGGUGCAGACGUUGCCAGAGACGUUGGAUUCGACCGUUGAGUGGGAGCCAAUCAGAGAAGGGUUCAAGGUGAGGCUGAAGAUGGCAGGCCAUGGCCAGUUUUUGAGAGCCAAUGGGGGUGUGCCACCGUGGCGCAACUCCAUCACGCAUGAUACUGCUCACCGGAGCGGGGCAAAGGUAUGGGGGUUGUGGGAUGUGGACGUGGUGGAGAUAGCCAUGGAUCAACUUCCGGCCCCACCGAAGAAAACAAAGCCGGAUGGUGAUGAAACGAAUGAUGGUGAUUCGCAACAACCGGACGCUCCGUCGGAGAUUGACGUGACAUGGUCGCCCCCGAAACAAAAUUCAGAUAGUAAAGAGAGAAAAAUAGGCCGUGGAGUUGUUAGAACCAAUGAUCUAUACUCUUGCUUUUCCAUGUGUACUUGUCCAACAGUUUAUGAUGAGAAAGGAUCAAAACAAUCUUAAUUUGUACGUAUAUAUGGCAAACAAAUUAAUUUGGCCCA